UUUCUUACUCUACAGUUCCCACAUCUCUAUAGUACUUCUACGUAAUUUCAUUUCAACAAAAAAUUUGUGGUGAUAUUUCGGUAUAAAGAUACAUUCAAUUCGGAAAAUAAAUUCAAAAACACAAUGCGUCCAGUGCAAAGUUUACUAAUGAAAGUGUCACGAAUGGGCAUCCUGCGGGUGACCAGUCAACCGGUCGUGCCGAUGAUUAAGGACCAGCAGUGUCGCUAUAUUCAAAGGGUGGAUCAGUACAGCAGAAAGACGACAAUGCUGCAGUCCAUGCGUGAGUUCUUUAUGCAUCCGCUGACCUGGGAUCGUAACAACGGUUAUCUAAAUGUGCUGCUGGCCCUGGCAAUAUUCAGCUUCUGUUUCAUCAACUCGUGCACACCGUGCCCCGAGGAUGUGGUGCCGCCGACCAAAACCAAAUAGGAAAGAAGGCGUGGCACUCACCUGGAUUGCAGGAGCAGACUAGACCCAAGUUUGUCGAGUGGCAUUUGGCAUUCAUGUCGCACAUUGUUGGAUUAUUAAGGCAGUUCUGAUCCUCGACGCACACAUAACCAUCGCCACGAUAACCAGCAAUGCAUUGGCACAUAUAAUUCGCAGGAUCUCUGGAUGAGCAAGGGGAGGAGAAGGAAAUACAGGUGUGCAAUACUCAACAAAAUGGCAUACUUACUCUGUGGGCUCACAGGUGGCGUGUAUGCCGCAAUUGUUGCGCAAAUUACAGGGUAUGGGAAUGCUGGUGCAACCGGUUUGAGCAUCACCCUGAUAACCAUCGAUGCAAUCGCAGUACUGUACUCCCAGACCCACAUCCAGCUUGCAGAGGGCAUUCGAUCCACAGAAAACGGAGCCACAUUGACCAGCUGGAACACAAAUGUCGCUGACAUCCCGCUGGUAGCCCUCGUUGCACAGACAGACGCCUCCAUCGCAAUAGGCACUCUCCCCACAAUGCUUGUCCUGCUCGCAUUCGGGUGCCAGCUGGCAGUGAUGGCCAUUUCCUGUGUAGCCCCUCUCGCAGACGCACUCCGAGCUGCCCAGCUGCUCGUUGUAGCUGCAGGUGGCAUGGGGAUCACAGAUGCCUGGUCUCUGAAAUGGACAAAUGGCAAUGAUUAGUGGUUACUCGGGAUGUGUUGGUCUGGCAUUUGCCCUCACAAUGGCACAGGAGGCCUCCCCAAUGGGAUUACAGGUGUAGCCAUCGCCGCUGUAGUCCUGAUUGCAGAUGCAAGUGUGUCGCAGCUCGUGCUCGUUCCAGGCACAGAUGGCAUUGAUAUGACAGUUGGCAUCCACAUCGCAGGGUAUCAGCUCUUCACUCCUUUCCCCAUCGUAGCCGCCGCCGUGAUUCCGACAGAUGCGAUUGUCCUCGCUCAGCUCGUAGCCCCAGGGACAGGUGCAGUCUCCAAGGAUAUUGCAGCUGGACUCCACUUCCUGUUCGCCGAACAGGAUGGGCAGACAGCGUCCUUGCUCCCACACCAGAUCGCGACCACAGAUCCGCGUACAGUUGAUGCCAUCGCCAUUGAAACCCUCGCGGCACCUGCAACGUCCCUCAUAGCAGUCUGCAUCCGGUGAGCAAAGCUGCAAGCAAAACAUCAAAAGAUAAAUGAUAUAAUAAAUUAGAUGAUCUAUAUAUGAAUAAAUCAGUAUGCGAAUAAA